AUGUCUUCUCAAACCCACAAGCAUUCAUGCUCUGUGAACCAGAACCACAAGGCACAGCUUGCUAAUGCCUAUAAUGAACUCGGGAAGGAGCUUUCUUCCUCAAAAAUACGCGUCGUCGGUAACUAUACUCUUGGAAAGGUCAUUGGAGAAGGGGCCUAUGGAAAAGUCAGGAUGGGCACACACCGCUUAACGUCCUCCCGCGUCGCAAUCAAGCAAAUCCCAAAGGCCAUGUCAGCUUCUCUGACCCGCGAGAUCCACCACCACCGCCAACUCCACCACCCUCAUGUCACACAGAUGUUUGAGGUUAUCGCCACCGAAUCGUCUAUCUGGAUAGUCACUGAACUCUGCUGCGGAGGCGAGUUGUUCGAUUACCUCGUGGAGAAGGGGCGGAUACCCGAGGAGGAAACGAAAUCCCUUUUUGGACAGCUGUGUCUGGCCGUCGCUUACCUGCAUGACAAUGGUAUCGUUCACCGCGAUCUUAAACUCGAAAACGUCCUCUUAGAUGAACGAUGUCGCGUCAAGCUUGGUGACUUUGGGUUUACCAGGGAGUUUGAUAGAGGUAGCUUUAUGGAAACGUUUUGUGGAACUACUGGUUAUGCAUCCCCUGAGAUGUUGCAGGGGAAAAAAUAUCAGGGGCCAGAGGUCGAUGUUUGGUCCCUUGGUGUGAUACUGUAUUGUCUAUUAACGGGCACACUACCUUUUGACGACGAUGACGAAGAUGUAAUGCGUGCAAAAGUCAUCCAGGGAGAGUUCGAGGAUCCCGUUUGGCUCUCUCUCGAAUCCCGCGAUCUCAUAAAAAACAUACUCCAGAAAGACGUCACGAAACGCCUAAUGAUCCCUCAAAUACUCGCACACCCCUGGUUUACCACCAAAAACUUCACU